AUGCCGGAAUGUAGCCUCGAUCCACCAGAAGACUUGCCACUUGCCAGUCCAACUACACCGGCACCCUACAAGACCACAACGUUCAAACAGAGGUUGAGAGAGACGGAAUGGUCAAAAAGAUGGGGUUGGAAUCUGUUCACCACGGCCAUGGGUACGGGGGCCGUCAUGGUUUGUGUGCAUAGUAUUCCAUACCAUUUCAAAGGGCAACCUGCCAUAGCCACGGUAUUCUUCAUGUUGGACAUUCUGAUCAUUUCAAUAUGCACGACAAUGACCAUCAUCCGAGCGAUCAAGCAUCCGCUGGUAUUUAGGCACUCGUUCUUCGAUCAGACUGAGGCACCUUGGUUACCCACUUUUAACCUUACCAUAGCGACCAUCUUGAUAGGGAUGAUCGAGCUUGGUAUACCGAAGACUGGACCUUGGUUCAUUGUCACGUUGGAAGUCUUGUACUGGGUAUAUAUCUUCCUAGGUGCUUGUACCGCUCUGAUCCUCCAGAAUACCUUUCGACUGCUUCCCCGUCCUCUCCACCUCAUCGGGCCUGUGGAAUGUCUGGAAUGUUUCCCGUUGAUGUUAGCAGGUUCGAUCGGGUCGAUGUUAUGUGUAGAAGUUAACAAGCUGGACUCAGGAAGGGCGUUAAUUAUCUUGUUAUUCGCUAUCGUGUGUCAAGGGUUGGGUUUCUGGAUGAGCUUGAUUAAACUCUCAUCGUGGAUGCUCCAUCACAUCGUUCUCCCCCGCGCACCCUCCAAAACGCUCCCUUCAUAUAUGAUAGCAGCAGGGGCUCCAGGCUUUACCGCAUUCGCACUAGUGAACAUAGGGAAUGCUUCGGUGGAGAUAUUCCCCGCCACCGGGUUCUUGAAGGGACAAGGGAUAGAUCCGAUGUUGGCUGCUCAGGUGUUUGCCGUCGUCGGCAAUUGGUUUGGGCUGCUGUGCGUGGGGAUGUACGUAUGGAUAGUGAUGAUAUUCUUAGGAUGGGGCCUGCUGCGCAUCAUCGAUAUGAUCCAACAUGGUUACCUGGGGAAAUACGAAUUGUCCUUAUGGGCAUUUACCUUUCCUUUAUCAGGUGCGAUAGCAUGUUGGGGUCACUGGGCAGAAUUCUUCCCUUCUAAAGCUUUCGGAAUACUGAAUGUUAUUGGUACGGUAUUCGUAUUUCUCAUGUGGUUGUUCAAUUCCAUCGGCACUCUCACUCUGCUAUAUAACGGUAUCCUCCCAGGUGUACCCAAGGAAUUUGUGCCUUCCGAACUGAAUACAGCCUACGACUUGACAGAGGAUCUGACGGGCUUGGACCUAGAUGAGAUUCGGUACCAGGGGCCCGACGUGGAACGUGGUGAAGGAGACAUUACUUUUAAUUCGAGGUUAUCCACCGCUGUGAACAGCUUAAAUGGUGAAGCAGGUGUAACCAGGAUGAGGGGUAGAGGAUGA